UUUUGUAGUGUCGCCUGUCAACAAGUGUUUACAUUUCACUUCCAAGCCUUGAAGGGGUUUUCAUAGAAAGAAACAAUAUCUUGUUUAAUUUCCCUACCUGGAAAAGAUUGUAUUUAAAUACGUAACAAGACGCGUUAUGCUUGAUAAGAUAAUGUUGGGAAUGGAGGCCGAUUCACCAGUACAUUCAGUUUGGAAGAGUGAUUUGUAUCGUAUGCAACUAUGUGCUCCAGUUCCAAUUCCAAUUAUUUGUGAAGAUGUUUUACAAAAUACACCAAAUUAUCUUGGUCGAGAUUAUCAUGGUUCCAUCUCACACACGUUAGCUAAUAAUUUAUUAAAACCACAUCCUGAUGGGGCUUAUUUGGUAAGAAGUAGUAGAUGUGCUAAUGGAGAAUUUCACACUUUAAGUUUAAAAUUCAAUGAUAAAAUUCAUCAUUAUAAACUUUUUUAUGACCCAAAAUAUGGAUUAUAUGUCCGAGAAAAACGCUAUGACUGUGUUAGAUCCUUAGUUGCUGAUGGAUUAAUCACAAUGUACUUGGAAUUAAAAGUUCCUCAUAUGCUUGAAAGACUACCGACAGCUAAUUAUCUGGAAAGUCCUUAUAUGACCUUGAAUAAAAGGAAAUUGAGGGCUUUAUCAAAAAAUCAUCUUAAGAAUAAUAAUUAUAAAUCGUCGUUUUUAACAACGUCCGGUACAGAUGACAUCCCGCUUCCACAACAAAUACUCAACCCACAACCACCAAAAAUCGAAAAAUCUCAUAUUUUUAAAAUAACUACUUUUAAAGGAUUAAAUUGGUGUGAACUUUGCGGAAAUUUCUUGUGGGGAUUUACUGCUCAAGGUGUCAAAUGUGAUGAUUGCGGAAUGAUUGCUCAUACUAGAUGUUCAGAAAAAUUUCCGAAUGAUUGUGUGCCCGAUUUAAAAUACUUACGAGGGGUUUUUGGAAUUGAACUAACAACGUUGCUCACAGCUCACGGUUCCGAAUUACCUUUUGUUUUAACGAAAUGUGUCGCAGAAGUUGAAGAAAGGGGUCUUCAAGUUGAAGGAAUUUAUCGUUUGAGUGGGUUUUAUGAAGAAAUUGAUGCCAUUAAAAUGGCCCUUGAUAAAGAUGGAGAAAAAGCUGAUUUGAGUCUUUCAAAAUAUCCAAAUAUAAAUGUGAUAACAGGAGCUUUAAAAUUAUAUUUAAGACUGCUACCAAUUCCUUUAAUUACAUUCCAAGUUCAUCCACGCCUUAUAGAUGCAAUUCAGCACAAAAACGUUGAUUUACAAAUUUCGUCUAUAAUCUUCUCAUUGAAAGGUCUUCCCAAAGCUCAUUAUGACACAUUAAUGUUUAUGAUAAAGCACUUGGCAAAAGUGGCAUCAUUUUCUUCUGUUAAUAAAAUGACGCCACACAAUUUGGCCACUGUGUUCGCACCAACUUUAAUUGGUCCACCAGAAUCGACUGAUUCUUGCAUUCCAGACAUCACCUGUGACAUUCUCAUGAUUGAAACACUUAUUGUCAAUUGUAAUAAAAUUUUUAAUAUCGACCCAAAGUAAUUUUCCAAAAAAUUUAAAUAAUGGAGUAUAUUGUAGCUAUUUUGAUAUGAUACCGAUUUUGAUACAGAGUAAACUGUUUAAUACUAAAUGUUCAUUAAACGAAAAGGUGUAGGUACUAAAGAAAAUUGGAUUUUGAUUCUGUGAUAUGUUUAAACAGUAUUAAUUUUGAUACUAAUUUUCUUAUAAUUGAUGUUAUAAAUUUGUUGGCUAAAUUUUUUUUUGAAGAUUUAGUAUUGAGACGGUUUAUGAUUUUGAUCUAUGCGGAAGAAAAAGAUUUAAAUUGAAUUCAAUUUAUUUAAAGUAUAUUGUUUUAUAUUUUUGUAUAGUGGAAUGAAUCUAAUCAUUUAAACCAUUUUUAUUUUCAUAUGUUAUGAAUUUACAACCUCGUCGUCUUGAAGUGGAUUAUGCUAUUCCCUAAUAUUUGUUGGAAAGUAUUUUUCGCUUCUUGUUGUGAAACGUAGGGACCUUAUUUAAUUAA